AUGCAUGACGAAGCUCCUCCGCGUGGUCGCUCUGCGCGCGCGGCCCAGCACCUUGUUGCAGAGUCUGGAGGUGCAGAUACUGCAAGCAGCGCUGAAGAUAACGCCGAAGACACCAUAGGAGAUGGAGAUAACGCUGAGGAGACCUGUGAAAGCCAGAGCGUCCUGUCGGACAGGCCUAGAGACCGGCAGUUCGAUGUAGAGGUGGGCGAACAAAUGGACGUUGAAGGCUGUGGAGACGUAGAGGCUGGGCGGUCUUCAGAAGCGGAUGUUUUCGAUGAAGAUAGUGGCAGUGCAAGCACCAGUGAUGUUACCACAGUGUUUGUGGACCCACCUGUGAAGUAUCAUGCCAACUGGGAUGGUGCGGAUGAAAAUGAGCUGGUGCCGGAGGGCUUCGACUCGUACCAGCGCACCUAUAUCUGCACCCACGGGUGGAAGAAGCGCAAGUCGCGCAGCGAGGGCAGUCGGCCGCGCCAGCACAUCCGGCUUACCAACUGUCCUUUUCGUUUCGUGGCACAGUGGAAUUUGGCGCGUGGGGAACUACAGGUGAAGAAUGGCAUCUUCUCACACAACCAUCAAGUAUCCCCAGCGGCGUUUGCGACAUACCCCACGUCCCGUGGUGUCUUUGAUCCGCUGGUCGGUGCUCGAGUUCAGGGGAUGCAGGAAGCCGGCGCAAAACGAUCACGAAUCUACGACUACUUAUUGGAGCAUGACGAGAACGUCAUUCAAGCUGACGUGGACAAUCUCGUCCGUGAGCAUUCCUCUACGGGGACAAAGGUGGAUGAUAAUGAAGCGAUUGCUAGAGAGAUUGCCCUCUUUGCCGCAGCUGAUCCGGAGAACCUGGCGUCUGUUGCUGAUACAGACUAUGGAGACACAGGAGUGAUUUCAAUGGCUUCUGGUCACAUGAGGAGCGUGUAUGCACGGUUUAGUGAGCUUCUGCUCGUGGACUGCAGCCACAAGACGAAUCGAUACAACUACCAGCUUCUUACGUUUAUGGGGAUGAGCGAGUCCGUGGACAAGGAUUUAAACGAGAUUAAGGUGUUGGAGUCUGACUUUCCGGAAGCUCGCGUCCUAAUUUGUCACUUCCACGUGAUCAAAUACCUGAAUGAAAAGCGAUCGAAGCCAGAGUUUGGAAAAAUUUCAGGUGAUGACGCCAGUCAGAUUGAUGCGGCGGUGCACAAGAUCGUCUAUGCAGAAUCCGAGGAGAAGUACAACGAGGCGCACGAAUCUCUGAAGGGCAUAUGCGAACACUGCGGUAUGAAUGAUUUCUUCCAGUAUUUCGAAAAAAAAUUGGCACUCAAGCACUGA